UUAUCUAUUUUGUAUUUUGUGAAAACAUAAAGUGGAAAACGCAGGCAGAAGGAUGAACCUAGCCAAAACCAAAAGUGUUGCUUGCAUCAUCAUCAUCUUCUUCUUCUUCCAAAUGAGAAAUUGAACCAAUUUCCGAAAUCGCAUAACUGAAUCACACUCUUGUGCGUUGACCAUGCCGGUUUUCAAAACCCCGUUCAACGGGUACUCGGUGAAGUUCAGCCCCUUCUACGAGAACCGUCUGGCGGUGGCGACGGCCCAGAACUUCGGCAUCCUGGGGAACGGCCGCCUCCACGUGCUGGACCUCUCUCCGGACCCCUCCCUCCCAAUGGCGGAGCUGGCCGCAUUCGACACGGCGGACGGCGUCUACGACGUGGCCUGGUCGGAGUCCCACGACUCGAUCGUGAUCGCCGCCGUGGCCGACGGGUCCGUGAAGCUCUACGACCUUGGCCUCCCCCCCGGGCAGAACCCCAUCCGGUCCUUCCACGAGCACUCCCGCGAGGUCCACUCGGCCGACUACAACCCCGUCCGCCGCGACUCCUUCCUCUCCUCCUCCUGGGACGACUCCGUCAAGCUCUGGACCCUCGACCGCCCCACCAGCCUCCGCACCUUCAAGGAGCACGCCUACUGCGUCUACUCCUCCGUCUGGAACCCCCGCCACGCCGACGUCUUCGCCUCCGCCUCCGGCGACUGCACCCUCCGCGUCUGGGACGUCCGCGAGCCCUCCUCCACCAUGAUCCUCCCCGCCCACGACUUCGAGAUCCUCUCCUGCGACUGGAACAAGUACGACGAGUGCGUCAUUGCCACCGCCUCCGUUGACAAGACUGUCAAGGUUUGGGAUGUCCGCAACUACAGGGUUCCCGUCAGUGUCUUGAAUGGCCAUGGCUAUGCUGUUCGGAAGGUUAAAUUCUCCCCCCACGUCCGCAACAUGUUGGUCUCUUGCUCCUAUGACAUGACCGUCUGCGUGUGGGACUUCUUGGUCGAGGAUGCGCUUCUCAGUAGGUAUGAUCACCACACUGAAUUCGCUGUUGGAGUGGACAUGAGUGUGCUCGUCGAGGGUCUCAUGGCUAGCACUGGUUGGGAUGAGCUUGUUUAUGUCUGGCAGCAUGGCACUGAUCCUAGGGCACCUUAAGAGUGAAAAGUGGAGUAUUUAAUUGAUAUUUUGCACAUUCAUACAAGCUUCAAGUAACAGAUUAUAUAUAAUUCACCACAGUGAGGUGCUCUGGAAGGUUGAAUAGUCUGGUACAAUGGUGAAUUAUGGAUGCCAACAUGUGGAUAUGCAACAUUUUUAGCUAUCUGUUUUCUUUUUGAACUCUAUAAUCAAAAUCCAUUUCUUUUCAUGUUUGAAAAAGAAAAUGUAAACUCCAUAUGUCCAUACCAUGUCAAAUCUCCUAUCCAAAAUAUCAGAUAGCCAAGAUAUCUGAAUAAUGGGCAUUCUUAUGAAUAAGUUGGUGGAUGUUUGAAAUCUAAGGUGGCAAAAAGCUAAGAUUUUCCAUGUAGCUUUAUGUAGGUUGACAUGCUUUGAUCUAUUUUAGGUGAACUACUAGCAAAGCUAAAUUAAUGGUUGUGUUAAUUAGCAUGCCAAUAGUUUAUGGAAACUUUUUAUUAGUUAAAUAGUUGAAGAUGGCAGUUUAUCUCUCUA